UUUGAGAUCCUCAUCGGUAAGAGAUUCGUACAAUUCAUGAAUCCUUCCCCACACGACCCAUCAAUUGACCAACACGUCUUUCGUUUCCCGCACAGGUCAAUGCUCAUGCGUCAUUCCCCUCGAGUCUCGCUUCCCCAGGUCGUCUCUCACCUUCUCCGACCGGCGCAUUCCCAUCUGUCUACCCACUAGGUCUGGAUUUGAUCCGGGCAUUGUCGAAAACAACAAAAUGCCGACCCAACCGCGCAUCCCGCCCUUGAUCGGGUGGUUAUAUGAUCUGGUCCUCUGGACCUUUUCCGUGCUGGUCGACCUCUUCUUCCGGGAGGUCCAUCCCCGCGGUUCCUGGAAGAUCCCCCGCAAGGGUCCCAUGAUUCUGGUCGCUGCUCCUCAUGCGAAUCAGUUCGUCGACUCGUUGAUCCUCAUGCGCGUGUUGCGCAGCGAAGCCCAUCGCCGCAUCUCAUGGCUCAUCGCAGAGAAAUCCUUCCGCCGCAAGUUUAUUGGCAUGUUGGCCCGAGGCAUAGGCACGGUUCCAGUCAGCCGAGCGAUGGAUAACAUGAAGCCGGGCAAGGGCAUGAUCUAUCUGCCCGACCCCGUCAACCAGCCCACGCUGGUGCGCGGGGUGGGCACCGACUUCGAAGGCCCGGGCUAUGAGAAGGACGGCACGAUCGCGCUGCCUACCAUCAACGGGGUAUCGCACAAUGGAACCAUUGCGGAGAUCCACGGCCCCGAGGAGUUGGUCUUGAAAAAGCCACUCACGCAUAAGGACGCUCUUUUCCAACUCACGGGGCGGACGGACAUCUCGGACGAGGGCAAGUUCACGGGCGACGUCGCCGAUCAGGACCUCGGCGACUUCAAAGGGUCCAAGUUCAAGGUGUCGCCGCACGUGGACCAGACGGCCGUCUACAAUGCCGUCUUUGCUCGGUUAAACGCGGGUGGCUGUAUUGGCAUCUUUCCCGAAGGGGGCAGUCAUGAUCGGACCACCUUGUUGCCUUUGAAAGCGGGCGUGGCCAUGAUGGCUCUUGGUACCUUGGCCGACAACCCCGACUGUGGGUUGAAGAUCGUUCCCUGCGGGAUGAACUAUUUCCACGCCCACAAGUUCCGCUCGCGCGCCGUCAUUGAGUUUGGCACCCCGAUCGAAAUACCCAAGGAACUCGUAGAUCUGUAUAGAAAGGGAGAACGGCGCGAAGCGGUCGGCCCGCUUUUAGACCUUAUAUACCAGGCCCUUGGUGCGGUCACCGUGACGAGCCCGGAUUACGACACUUUAAUGGCAAUCCAAGCGGCCCGCCGUCUCUAUAACAUCCGGGGUAAAAAGCUCCCGUUGCCCAUGGUCGUGGAGCUGAAUCGCCGUCUUGUAAAGGGGUACGCCCACUUCAAGGAUGACCCGCGGAUUGUCUACCUGAAGAAAUCCAUCGCGGACUACAACCGGGAGCUGCGUCUGUUGGGGAUCCGCGACCACCAGGUGGAAUAUGCGAGGUUCUCGUUCUUCCGGGUGAUCGGCACCCUGGUCGGCCGCCUCCUUCAGUUAGUCUUUCUUACGAUAGGGACCCUUCCGGGGUUGCUCCUGUUUACGCCCGUCUUCAUCGUCACCAAGGUGAUCUCGAUCCAAAAGUCGAAAGAAGCCUUGGCGGCGUCCACGGUGAAGCUGCAGGGGCGGGAUGUGAUGGCCACCUGGAAGCUCCUCGUCGCCCUUGCAUUUGCCCCCACGCUCUAUGCCUUCUAUGCUGCGGCCUUUACCUACUGGGCUUACCGUAAUCGAAUCCAAGGGCUCCUCCCUUCCAGUAUGCCGCUGUGGCUGAUUGUGCCGAUCGCCAUGGUCCUGUUCCCGGCCAUCACUUUUGCGGCCCUCCGGAUCGGCGAGAUCGGGAUGGACAUCGUCAAGUCCCUCCCGCCCCUGGUGCUCUCCCUGAACCCCUCCUCCGCCAACAGCCUUGUAAGACUCCGCCACCAGCGUGCUGCACUGGCACAACACGUGACCGAGGCCAUCAACACGCUCGGUCCGGAGCUGUUCCCCGACUUCGACGCAGCCCGGGUUGUCUCCGACCCCUUCCGUGAACGGGACCGACCGACGAAGCAGGAGGGAGAGGCAGCCGCGGUGCCGGAGCUCAAGCGGGCUAGCACGAGCGAACACGAAGAGGAUUCGACGACCAAGGAACCCCUCCCUCGGAACGAGUCCUUCCACAACCUGGCCAACAUCGGCUUCUUCUCAACGCGGCCUCCCAGUCGCAGCCGUAGCCGCAGCUACAGCCACAGUCGCAGCAGCUCCUUUGGCGGACGGCCGGGAUCAUCGGGGCAACAGCUGAAAGCCAUGAGCCAGAUCAACUCCACUGGCGAAUUCGACCAAGUCAGUGCGAAGAUCCGAGAUGCCAUGCGGGAACGCGGGGCCCGUCGACGCCGACAAAGUGAAGACAGUGUCAGCCGGGGUGCGAUCAGUUCCGAUCCAGGGACUCCGUCGAGUGAGGAGGGACGAAAGGAUCUGUAAUAAGUUCUUUCUUCUUCCUUUUUCCUUCUUUGCCUCUCUCUUCCCUUCCCACCCACCUCACUUUUAUUUAUGACCCCCUUUUCUUUCUCUGUUUCCCUAUUCCCUGUUUAUCUAUCCCUUUCCCUUUCCCCUUUGACCUUUGUUUCUAUAUAUCCGUACUAGCGGCGGUGUUUGGCGUUGAAUGUUUUGUGUAUGUAAUGGAUGUGUGCCAGCGAGGGGUACCGAGGAUGAUGACGCACGAGAAAACGAGUAGCCAACGAGACUGGAUUGAGUAGAAAAGAAAGAAAAAAUUAAUG